GUCAUCGACCAGAAUAUCGAGUCAGAGUUCAUUGAUGUUUGCAGUGCUGGUGUUAUAGUCGUUUUGGAUUCCUCCAAGAGCACCGUUUCCGAAGCGCGGGAUAACCUUGCCGCUCGAUUAAAGCGAGAGCGAGUGUUGGAGGUUAUGAACAGGUGA